AUGUCUUGGAGGCAGCUUCACACCCUACAGAAUAAGAUGCUCAAGACACAGAAGACUAAGGGACUUUACCAAAAGGCCGAGGCGUUAUAUACCAUGGGUGACUUUGAAUUUGCCUUAGUGUUUUAUCAUCGAGGCUACAGACUACGUCCGGAACUACAGAAGUUCAGGCUGGGUAUCGAGAAAUCCCAGCAGGCGAUUGUCAACUGCAUUGGAAGUCCAUCCUCAAUUAAACUGGAGAAUAAAGAGGAUCUGUGCUUUAUAAGCAGGCAGGCAGAGUUACGGAGCAAAAACGCAAAUCAGAAACUCCAAAUCAAACUGACGAAGGAGCAAAAACGGACAAGGAAACAGGGGCCUGCACGGAAUCCAAAAACAGAGCGACAGCUUCUCGGAGAGCUCUAUGCUGACAAGGCCUACCUAGAGAAGUUGCUCAAGGAUGAAGAUCUGAUGGAGAGCAGCACAAAGCAGGGCAUCAAAGUAGCGGACCUGGUUUUGAGCGGCCUUUCCUACCUGGAGGCACGCAGCGAGUUCUGGCAGCAGCAGAAGCCCAUUUACGCCCGCGUGAGAGAGCGCAAGCUCCAGCAGCAAAGGUGGAUCCGGGACAAGAAACCAAAACCGGCUGAGGCUGGCAGAUACAUUGUGAAGAGCAUGGAGGACAUCGACAUGCUGCUGACCGGCGACUCCCCGGAGGAGACCUGCAGGAAAGCCGAGCGUGUGCUGAAAACGGUACAAGGGUGCUCAGAUGAAGAAGUUCCCAACAAGAACGAGCUGAUUGGGAACCUCCACAGCUGCAUUGGGAAUGCGCAGCUGGAGAUGGGCCAGAUGGAGGCGGCUCUGCAAAGCCACAAAAGGCACCUGGAGUCUGCCAGGCAGCACAAUCUGCCAGACGCCGUGUCCCGAGCCCUUGGUAACGUUGGCAGAGUUUAUGCCAGAAUCGGCAAAUUCCAGCAAGCUAUUGACACCUGGGAGGAGAAGAUUCCAAUGGCAAAAUCCAGCCUGGAGAAGACCUGGCUGUUCCACGAAAUCGGCCGGUGUUACCUGGAGCUGAACAAAGCUGAAGCAGCCCAAGAUUACGGAGAGAAGUCCCUGCAGUCAGCAGAGGAAGGGGGAGACGCUGAGUGGCAGCUCCAUGCUACCGUGCUGGUGGCACAAGCACAAGUCAAAUUAAAGGAUUACCAGUCUGCAAUCAUGAACUUUGAAAAAGCGCUUGAGAAGGCAAAGCUUGUUCACAACGAAGCUGCUCAAAAGGCCAUCGUUACUGCCUUCGGCGACGUGAGCAGAAGCUUGGUUCGAGAGCUGAACGAAAGAAGACGAGAAACGACGCUUUACUCUCUGAAAGCGCGCCGCACCCCUGUCAUCGAGGAGCCGCAAGUGUUCAGUGAAGCAUCCAGCAGUAAAUUUGACGCUCGCUGUGCUCCGUCCGGGCUGCGAGGAGCCGGCGGUGCCUGCGGAAAUGCAGCUGCUGCCACGUGA